AGGUUGCGUUCCGGAGCCUCUUGGGGGUCAGGAGGGCGGGUCGGGGCACCGGGAAGGGGUUCGGCUGCGGCUGGGAUGGGAAUAGUCCGCUUGCAGGGAGCCGCCACUCCUCACCGCUGAGGCCUCGGGGCCGCUGUCCAGAUUGCCCGUGAGCAAAGUCGGCCGGGGAGCGGGGCUCCCGUUCGGACACCAUGUGGGCCUUCCCGGAGUUGCCCAUGCCGCCGCCUCUGAUGGUGAAUUUGCUCGGCUCUCUGCUGGGAUUUGUGGCCACGGUCACCCUCAUCCCCGCCUUCCGUGAACACUUUAUCGCUGCGCGCCUCUGUGGCCAGGACCUCAACAAACCCAUCCGGCGGGAAAUCCCAGAGUCUCAGGGAGUGAUCAGCGGAGCUGUUUUCCUUAUCAUCCUCUUCUGCUUCAUCCCUUUCCCCUUCCUGAACUGCUUUGUGGAGGAGCAGUGUAAAGCAUUUCCCCACCAUGAAUUUGUGGCCCUGAUAGGUGCUCUCCUUGCCAUCUGCUGCAUGAUCUUCUUGGGCUUCGCGGAUGAUGUAUUGAAUCUGCGCUGGCGCCACAAGCUGCUGCUGCCCACAGCAGCCUCACUACCUCUCCUCAUGGUGUAUUUCACCAACUUUGGCAACACGACCAUUGUGGUACCCAAGCCUUUACGUCCACUUCUUGGCCUGCACCUGGACUUGGGGAUCUUGUACUAUGUCUACAUGGGGCUGCUUGCAGUGUUCUGCACGAAUGCCAUCAAUAUCUUAGCAGGAAUUAAUGGCCUAGAGGCUGGCCAGUCAUUGGUCAUUUCUGCUUCUAUCAUUAUCUUCAACCUGGUGGAGCUGGAAGGUGAUUAUCGAGAUGAUCAUGUCUUUUCUCUCUACUUCAUGAUCCCCUUUUUUUUCACCACCUUGGGAUUGCUCUACCAUAACUGGUACCCGUCACGGGUGUUUGUGGGAGAUACCUUCUGUUACUUCGCUGGCAUGACUUUUGCCGUGGUGGGCAUCUUGGGACACUUCAGCAAGACCAUGCUACUGUUCUUCAUGCCACAGGUGUUCAACUUCCUCUAUUCACUGCCUCAGCUCCUGCGCAUCAUUCCCUGCCCUCGCCACCGUAUGCCCAGACUCAAUACCAAGACAGGCAAACUGGAGAUGAGCUAUUCCAAGUUCAAGACCAAGAGCCUCUCUUUCUUGGGCACCUUUGUAUUAAAGGUAGCAGAGAACCUCCAGCUAGUCACAGUGCGACACAGUGAGGAUGAGGAUGGUGCUUUCACUGAGUGUAACAACUUGACUCUCAUCAACUUGCUACUUAAAGUCUUUGGGCCCAUCCAUGAGAGAAACCUCACGUUGCUCCUGUUGCUGCUUCAGAUCCUGGGCAGCGCUGUCACCUUCUCCAUUCGAUACCAGCUUGUCAGACUCUUCUAUGAUGUCUGAAUUCCCUUUUGCCUCACAAGUCUCCAGGGAGCCUGACAUAGGCCAACCUCUGUCUGGUCUAAGACUGAUGACUCCUGGCCCAGACUCUCCCAUUCUUUAUUCUCCUCGAGAUUUUGCUCUCAUCAAUGACAUCCUGGACCUUUCAGGCCUCCUAAUGAUGAUUAGAUUUUGCCUGUGGCUUUCCUCAACUUGCUACUUUCUCUCCAUUCCAUCUUUGCAGGCUCCUAAGGUGGGACACAGCAGCUUUUCUGCAGAUAUCUGUAACUCAACUUCCAAAUUCCUGACUUGAGGUAUAUGCUGAGCCUUGACAUAGAACCUGGACUAGGGCUAGGACCAUAGACAACUUUAUAUUUGACUAUAAAUUAUGUGUUUGAUUAGAGCAGAUGCAGGGCCCAGUGCUCCCAAAAGUGACAAUAAAGUAUUACCUUUUUCUUGUU